AUGUCUAUGAUCAGCAGAAUUGCCUUAAGAGCUGCCCGUCCCGCUGCCGGUGUGGCCUUCCGUCCAGCUGCCGUUGGUUUGCGUACUUUGUCUACUGCUCCAGCUCCAACUGAACCAAAGGAAAAGGCUUUGUCAAUCAUUGAUGCUUUGCCAGGUAACUCCUACUUGACCAAGACCGGUUUCUUGGCUACUGCUGCUGCUGCCAGUAUCUAUGGUAUUUCCAAUGAAUUAUUAGUGAUCCAUGAUGAAACCAUUUUGGUUCUUACUUUUUCUGCUUUCUCUUUCUUGGCUGCUAAGUUUGUUGCUCCUUUGUACACUGAAUGGGCUGAUGGUGAAAUCAAGAAGGUCAAUGACAUCUUGAACCAAUCUAGACAAAAGCACAUUACUGAAGUCAAGGAUAGAAUUGAAUCAGUUGGCCAAUUAAAGAAUGUUGUUGGUGUUACUGAGCAAUUGUAUGCUAUUUCCAAGGAAACUGCCAAGUUGGAAGCUGAAUCAUUCGAAUUGAAGCAAAAGGUUGCUGUUACUCAAGAAGCUAAGUCUGUUUUGGACCAAUGGGUUAGAUUCGAACAACAACAAAGACAAUUGGAACAAGAACAAUUGUUCAAGAGUGUCAUUGACAAAGUCACCAAGGAAAUCGAAAACCCCAAGUUCCAAGAAAAGGUUUUGGCUGAAGCUGUUGCUGAUGUUGAAAAGAUCUUGGCUAAGAACUAA